CAGUAGCCUUAAUGCAUCGUGGAGGUCCUCAUCAUGGAGUUGGAGAGCAUUUAUUUGGAUCUAAAGACUCUCUUGCUGACCAUGAUGAUGUUCAAAUGGGGAAUCUUGUGCACAGCCACGCCUGACAAAUGCUUGUCGACCCCCUGCCAAAAUGGAGCUACCUGCGUGGACACCAAGGAUGAUUACGCCUGCAUUUGUUCCACUGAAGGGCUUAGAUACGUGGGCAAAAACUGCGAUAAGCUUUAUGAUGCUUGUUCUUUUGCUCCGUGUAAAGACUGCAUCAGCACUCCGGGUAUGCCGGAAUACCGCUGCAUGGAGGAGGUGGACGAGUGCCAGAGCAACCCCUGCUCGGAGCCACAUUCCCUGUGUGUAGAUCAACUGAACGGGUACUUCUGCAGGUGUCCCGCAGGUUAUGGAGGCCCGCAAUGCCAUCGGCGCGUGAAUGACUGCGUUCGGCAACCCUGCAUGAAUAACGGGACUUGCGUUCUACGCCCGCAAGGCUCUGAAUGCCAAUGUGUACCCGGAUACGAGGGAAAGAUGUGUGAGGAUGAUAUCAACGAAUGCUCGUCAGAGCCUUGUCAGAAUGGCGCUAUCUGCAUCGACGGGGUGGCAGAGUUCCAUUGCUUCUGCGUGCCUGGUUUCCAGGGCCACAAGUGUGAAAUUGACAUUAAUGAAUGUGCAUCCAGGCCCUGUGCUAACUCUGCUACAUGCAUCAAUGAGAAGGACCACUACGCGUGUGAGUGCCUGGUGGGCUUCACAGGAAUCAACUGUGAAAGUGAAAUAGACGAGUGUGAGUCGGAUCCCUGCCACAACGGAGCCACGUGCCACGACCUGAUGGGCUCCUACUCGUGCGAAUGCCCACCUGGGUUUCAAGGCGUCCACUGUGAAGCGGAUGUCGACGAGUGCGAGAGUCAGCCAUGCCUCAACGGAGCUGCCUGCCGCGACAUGGUCAACAGCUACGAGUGUGACUGCAGUGACACUGGAUUUGAGGGAGACCACUGUGAAGUGGACGUCGCUGAGUGUGUCUCUCAUCCCUGCCAACAUGGCGCCACAUGUCUGGAGGGAGUCAAACAAUACACCUGUCUCUGCUGGCCAGGUUAUGAAGGCACACACUGUGAGAUGGACAUUGACGAGUGUGCUGAACAUCCCUGCGACAACGGUGGCGAAUGUUACGAGCGUUCCAAACUGACCCACUGGGGUCUGGACUGGGAACCAAGCUACGCAAGCGUAGCUGGAUAUAUUUGCCAUUGCUCGCCGGGGUUUGCAGGCGAGAACUGCACUGUUAACAUCGAUGAGUGUGAGUCUGGACCCUGCCAGAACGGAGGCACUUGUCAGGAUCAAGACAAUGGCUAUGCAUGCACAUGUCCUGUUGGAUUUUCAGGUUUUCUUUGUGAAGUGAAUAUCGAUGAAUGUGAAAGUCAGCCGUGUCAGAAUGGCGGCUGGUGUGAAGACGGGACCGCUUCCUACAUCUGCCACUGUCCUGAGGCAAAGGUGGGGAAUCUUCCGUGGGGAGGCAGUGAGUGCAACGUCAAGCUCUUCGGUUGUUUCCACCAUGAAUGCCAAAACGGAGCCACGUGCUCGCCGUGGUUUGAUGGCGUAGGACACGGCCACACGUGCUUGUGCGCUCCCGGCUUUUAUGACGAGCAGUGCUUGACGCAAACAACCUUCUCGUUCUCCUCGCCCGGAUUUAUUCCCAUCGAGGUUCCCCAAGAGAAGAUCCAGAUGGGGGUUGAAUAUGGUGACGAUUAUGGUUUAGCAAUACAGUUGCGCUUUCGGACAACUUUACCCGACAUGUUAGUGUUCUACAGAGGAGAUUUGGAAACCUACCUCCUACUUGAGAUUGUGAAUGGUUCCCUUCAGGUGAAAGCCUUCUCUGAUGGCUUUGAACUGAAAUUGACUUCUCCUGACUUUGUCAACGAUGGAGAUUGGAGAGAUGUUCAUGUGUUUGAGAACAGCAAAGGCUUACAUUUGCUUCUGAAAGGACCUGGCUGCAACGGAGACGGGUGCCGAGCUCAAAUUGAAUCACCUUUCCAGAACUUGGACAGCCUUUUCCAUGUGUAUGUGGGCGGGGCUCCAGAGGAAUUGUUACAGAACUCCGUCAGCUAUGAGAGCUUCAUAGGAUGCAUGGAAGACCUGAUCAUUGACUCUGGACCUGUUCUUCCCCAAACAUUCCAAGAGGACCAACAUCUGGGAUGUAGUAAAACUGAGUGGUGUGAGCCUGACCCCUGCCACGGGCGUGGACGCUGUGUGGACCUUUGGACCAGCUACCACUGUGACUGCCACCGUCCUUUCUACAGUGGAAGCUGCGAGGAAGAAUUGCCGUCGUGGACAUACAGCCAUGAGGACAGCAGGAGUUUUAGCGUUUAUCGUAUCGCCAAGAGCCACGGCAGGAACUUUCAAGUCUCCUUUUUUUUGAGGUCAUUAAAGCUGGAAGGGUUGAUCUUUCAAUUGAGAACACCCGCAGGAGAAGUGUACUUUUCCAUGUACCUAAAGAUGGGAAGACUUUUGAUCAGCUCUCUGGGCGACGGCGCCCCUCUUACUGCUCCCAUUUUUCUGACAACCGGCGAGAAGCACUUCCUUCUGGUGGAGAUCCAGCCAAGACAAGUCAUCUUUGAUCACGGAAGCCUUCGUUAUGGAAUCGGGACUAUACCUGAGGUGGUCAUUAACGCAGGAGACGAGGCUUACCUCGGAGGACUUCCAGAAGAGUGGGACUCUCGGCCGUGGGGAGGACAUUACAAAGGCUGCCUGCAGGACUUUCGUUUGGAUUUAGUUCAUCUGGAGGUGGACGCCUGGAACGACGCCGAUGAGGAGGAAAUCUACGUAUCCAGUGGUGCUGAAAAUGUAAAGAGAGGAUGCAUCAGUGACGACACUUGCAAGGGGAGCCCUUGUCAGAAUGGAGGCGAAUGCACGGUGACGUUCAACGAUUUCACGUGUUCUUGUCCGCACGACUACACGGGACUCACUUGUCAAACUCAAGUUUGGUGUGUCAGUGAUCCUUGCUUGAAUGGCGGCCAUUGCAUGGAUCUUUCUGACGGCUAUGAAUGUCUGCACAACGCAACGUUUGACAACAGUCCUGCACAAUUCAGUACUGGAGGUUCCCUGGUUGAACCCGUGUCUUUAAUAUACGUGGAGUUAAGGACCCGUUCCGAGAAUGCGGUUCUCCUGAGAGCCACCCGGGGUUCCGACCAGCUGACGGUGGGUCUGCUGGACUCGUCUGUUUGGGUUGAGAUCCACAUCGCCGACGGAGCCGAGACGCUGACUUUUACAGGCGAGCGUAAAGUGGCUGAUGGGAGGUGGCAUCGAGUAAACGUGACGAUGGCGAAGAGAGACCAAAAAUCAUCCCCCUGGACGAUCACCGUGGACGGAAUCAUCGAUGCUAGUAGCCUGCCGCACGGAACAGGAAGUUUACACUUCCUCAAUGAUAGAGGCGCGGUGCUAACCUUAGCCGAGAGCUUCACCGGAUGCUUGGGUGCAAUCAGGGUCGGAGGGGUGUAUCUUCCUUUUGUGGACGACUACGACCCCCCACAGGUGGCUCAGUUCCGCUUUUCGGGAACGCAAAGAAUCAGCCUGGGUUGUCGCAGUGCCCCCGUUUGUAACGCCAACCCUUGCCUAAACGGAGCCACUUGUAACGACGUCUUUAAUAAGGUUUUCUGCGAGUGUGACGUGGGCUGGGAGGGGGAACUAUGUGAUGUCGACGCGGAUGAUUGUGCGUCUGGGCCUUGUUUUAAUGGCCGGUGUAAGGACUACUUGGCUGGGUUCGAGUGCCGCUGCCACCCGGGAUAUGCAGGCGCACUCUGCGACGUGGACGUGGACGAGUGCGAGCAUCACGCUUGCCAACAUGGCGCCAUCUGUCAAGACGGACCCAACAUGUACACCUGUAUAUGCCCCAAUGGUUACAGCGGCCCACGAUGCCAGUGGGACUAUCCGCCGCUAAAGUGUGGUAAAGAUGUACUUUGUGCAAAUGAUGGGAUCUGCAACGACGGGCUCUGGGGUGCUAACUGCACAUGCAUGCCGGGCUUUGAAGGCAAAAGCUGUGAAAUGGAGAUCAAUGAGUGCAACUCCAAUCCCUGUCGGCAUGGCGGUUCUUGUUUGGAUCGGUUCAACAUGUUUGUGUGUCAAUGCCCGCCUGGCUACAGCGGUUCCGUGUGUGACAUCAAUCAACAAGCGCGUGCAGAAGAGGUCUCCUGGCUGGCAGUGGCGCUCCCCCUGUUGUCCUUCUGCGUCCUCGUUUUCAUCCCCGCUUUGGGCUUCAUGAUACGAACGACGAGAAAGAAGCGCCAGUCGGAGGGGGCGUACAGUCCCAGCGCCGAGGAACUGGCAGGGGCUCGCUUGGCCAUGGACAGAAUGCUCAAAGUUCCACCUGAGGAAAGACUCAUCUGACCCACAUCGACAAUCAAUCGUACCGUCAACAUUAUGCACAAGUACACGCCACAGUACAGUAGACAUGAUUAGAACCAAAAAUGAAAAAACAAAAUUUCCUGGUGUCACAUUGACAUCAGAAACCCCAGGAUCGACUGCUGGCGAGGUGGCUGGCUGGUCAUCCAGAGUUUCCGGUUAGGAAAAAACCCGGAUGCCAAUUCUACAGACACAGCUUCCAUACAGAACUUAAUGUACAAUACUGUUCCUGUGUGUGUGUCCAGGUCCUGGCGUUCAAGUAGACCCCAAUAUGUAAGUUUUUACAAUCUUUGUGGUGGGGCUGGGUCCGCGUCUGGGAGAGAUGGCCUGACUCGCCAUGCUUGAUGUUAGCGUAUGUAACGGCCUUGUUAGGUCUCUGAAGAACAAAAGAAUGAAAAUAAAGUUAUUUUCCUCUCCA